AUGAUAAAUGAUCUAUUUUGGUUAUUUUCAGGUUAUAUCUGUGAAUAUAACAUUGUGAAACAUUUCAAGAAGACCAGUCUACCAUUCGAAGUAGUGGUAGUUAAUAGAACAACAGGGUUAGCUGAGAUCCGAGUCAAAGAGGGAUUUAAACUGAACUAUGAAAAGAGAAGACACUACAGAUUCAAUAUUGUAGCUGUAGAUUGUGGAGAAAGCAAGAAAAUCUCUAAUCCAGCUGUCGUGUUGAUCAAAGUCAAAGAUGUGGAUGAAUUUGUCCCGAAAUUCGAGAAUGCCUCCUACUAUGCCACCAUUGAAGAAGGCAGAGUGUACGACCAAAUUAUUACAGUCAAAGCUUACGAUGAAGACAGAUCACCGACAUUCCAUGAUAUUUGUGAUUACAAAAUCGUCACUCCCAACGUUCCUUUCGAGAUCGACAACCAGGGUAACAUCAAAAACACAGAAGCCUUGGACUACAAGCGUCAUCGUAACUUCAUCAUGAAGGUCAAGGCCCAAGAAUGUGGCGGCAAAUACUCCAAGCCGGUCUCCGUGAACAUCUUCAUCAAGGAGAUCUGCGUGACAGGUUGGAGAGGCGUGGAAGAUAAGGUUGUCUAUUUCGCUGGUAGUGGACGCCAGAAGUUAGCUGCCGAAGCCAGACUCCAAAUCUGUGAAGACACCUGCAAACCAGACCAAGUCGGUGAUGUGUCUGUUAAAAUGACACUAGGUACCAACCAUAUUGGCAAAGGCUGUGAUCGUGAUACCUUCUCUAUAACCUCCCAGAGAAAGAUUUGUGGAGCUAGUGGAGAUAGUACAGAUCUUCUUCCACCACCAUCUUCUGCUGAAUGGACCAAAAAUAUCGGAACAGAUGACGGACAUGAAAGUGAUCAAGUCUUUUAUUUUGACGGAGACAACGCUGCCAUUGUACCAGAAGAUCAUUUCAACCACACAUUAGACAAUGAAUUUACCAUCUCUACCUGGAUGAAACAUGUGUUCGAUGAUAACUAUCAACAGGGACAUAGCAAACAUCCUAAAGAACACAUCAUGUGUAUGUCUGAUGGAGAAAAAAUGAACAGACAUCACUAUGCUCUGUUUGUCCACGGUGAAAAACUGGUGUUAUUAUUAAGAAGAGAACCAACCACUGAAGAAGAAAUGGAAAUAUUUAAACCAGCAGAAUGGAGAUGGCACUUACCUCAAAUUAAUGAUAAUGAAUGGCAUCACUAUGCUAUCAGUAGCCGGAUUGAUAUUAUGUUACAGGUAAAAUUAUAUAUUGAUGGUAAACUGUUAUUACAAGAUAAAACUAUAUUUGAAGAAAUAGAUGAUUGGCCACUACAUCCUUCCAGUAAAGUUCACUAUACCAAAUUAGCGGUUGGUGGUUGCUGGCAGGGAGGCAAAUCUAAGUUUGGACAUUUCUUCAAGGGAUAUUUAGCUGGAUUAUCUGUAUUAAAAGAUAAGAGAGAAGAUGAUAGAGUUAUAAGAUGUCUUAAUAACUGUAAAGAAAGUCUGGAUUUCCAUGCUCUUGGUGAAAUGAAGACUGGAUCAAGUGUAAGUUUUAACAAUGAAAUGACGGAGUUUAAUAUUUCUGGUAAAAAAGUUAGUGAGGUAGAGAAAUUAUUACAUGAAGUAGGCUAUGUUAAUGUCCGAUCCUACCCUACCCCUGGACGCAGAAAGUUAGAAAUUGAAACUACUAUCAGUUGUAAUGAUCAAAAAAUCACACUCACUAAGAUUAAGAGCAGUGUAGUGGUACAGGAACCUCCUAAACCAAUCAUUAAGAUACUGGGUAAUGAUACCAUCAGCAGUCCAGUAUACGAGUUUGAAAGAGGUAUUCAAGUCUUUGAGAAAGUGGACAUCAUGUAUACCAAAUCUAAGAACAUCAUUGAAGAAGUUGAAGAGGAAGAUGAUGAUGAUAAACAAGCUCAACUUAAUCUGAAAAAACAUUCCCAAGAAAUUUUGAUUGAUUCAUGUGAAAUUAAGGCUGAUCCACCAUUAAAUUUAUUCUAUGAACAUCUAUCUCUACCAACUCAUAUCAUGGGGAACCUGGGAUUAGAAUGGAGCGAGACUAACGAUGGUGUCGUCAUUAUGAAUGCUGAUACUAAAGAAAGAUAUACCAGUGUAUUGAGAAAGAUUCAUUAUUAUCACAACCAACCUAAUAUCUUAAAAACUAGAUCCUUGUCACUGGAAUGUUCUUCAGAAAAUCAUAGAUUUAUUAGCAACUUGUUCAAGACACAGGUAAGCUUAAUGGGAGUUAUGCCCCUUGCUUUUAUCAUGCGUUUUCUGAAACUGGUUUUCAGAAACAUCGUAACUUGUAGAGAAUUGUUUGAUUCCCAUCAUUUUGAUUUUUUUACAGAUUUUGGAAUGGCUGCUAUUAUUGUGGUGUGUAUAGGAUUCUUAUUAUUUAUGAUAAUAUUGGGAGUCAUCAGAAUUCGAGCUGUACAUCGUAGAACACAGGUUGUCCAAGUUGAAGAGAAACAAGAGAUGGAAUGGGAUAACUCAGCUCUUAAUAUCACUGUUAAUCCCAUGGAACAAGAGCAAGUAUUUGAAUAUGAAGAGAAUGUACAACAAGCAUUAAGAGAUGAGACAGAUAGCGAAGAUGAUGGUAGUGAUUUCCACGAUGAAUUAGACAGCUCGGACGAAGAGCCUCGUGCUCCUGGUAAAGAUCAGCUGGAAUGGGAUGACUCUACGCUCAGUUUCUGA